AUUACUAACAGUAACAUGAUCUGACGACUGUCUAGAAACAUAAAAAAUGCUUUUCAAAGUCAAGUUUCAAAUUUCCUUUAUGGACUUCUCACAUGUAGACUGGCGACCCUGUGGCAACUUCCCGUGGGACACUGAUGACAUCGCCGUGGACUGUAACUACACCUACACUGAUGUAAAGCAGUGGUAUGGUUACCCUACAGAGCCCCCCUUAGUUCUGCAGGGACGGUGUACUGUGACCUGCCCUGUGGAAGCUGAAAUCUUGGUCGGUCCUCUGUUUUAUGACAAUGACGGAUAUUACAUGAUGGAUGAAGCUUACUACUGCAACGUGGGCAACCGUACCUGGACGGGAUCAGAACCUAUGUGUCUGGGUCGUUAUGAUGUUAACUACAUCAUCACGAAAACCACCGGGAUCCGGCUGGUGGGGGGAGAGUUCUACGGCUGUGUGGAGCUGUACGAUAACGUCACACAGCAGUGGGGGCCUGUCAAGGGGUGGGACGCUGGCGGGCGUCAUCACGAAGCCAGGAUGUCCUGGGCCGACUUAGCGUGUAGAAGCUUGGGUUUCAGGGAGGGACUCGCCACAGCCGGCUAUGAGUUAACCAAUGGAGUCGUCAGUGACAGAUACAUACAUUAUCUUCAAGGCCACUAUAGCUACCGCCUUCCCACCACUACCACAUCCUACCCCUCCUCUGUCCCCAAGUUUAUAGUGUCCCAGUCUCUUCCCCAGGGGGAGGGGGCGACCCUGCAUGAUGCCAUAGACAGGGUGGACCGAGGAAGCAGCUACAGCUACGGUGACAUGUGUCUGGCCUGUGCAGGAGAACGGCAACACAACGAUCCACACGACUGGCGACCCUGUGGCGACUUCCCCUGGGACACUGAUGACGUCACCGUGGACUGUGACUACAGCUACACUGAUGUGAAACAGUGGAACGGUGACCCUACAGAACCCCCCUUAGUUCUGCAGGGACGGUGCACUGUGACCUGUCCUGUGGAAGCUGACAUGUUGGUCGGUCCUGUGUAUUCUUCCUCUCCCGGAUAUUAUGUGCGCGAUGGAGCUUACUACUGCAACGUAGGCAACCGUACCUGGACGGGAUCAGAACCUGUGUGUCUGAGUCAUUAUGACAACACCAGGGUCAUCACAAACGAGUCCACUGGUACCCGGCUGGUGGGGGGAGAGUUCUACGGCUGUGUGGAGCUGUACGAUGACGUCACGGGGCAGUGGGGGCCUGUCAAGGGGUGGAGAGGUUACAGGGAGGACAGGAUGUCCUGGGCCAACUUGGCAUGUAGAGACUUGGGUUUCAGGGAGGGGCUUGCCACAUGGGCCUAUAGGUUAACCAAUGGAGUUUUCAAUAACAGUUGGGCUUUGCCCUUACAAGAACAGUACCGCCCAUCCUAUCCCUCCACUGUCCCCAAGUUCAUAGUGUCCCUGUCCCUUCCCCAGUGGGAGGGGGUGACUCUGCAUGAUGCUAUAGACUAUGUGGUGCAAGGCCCCUGUAGGACUUGGGACUGGUACUGCAGCAACGAAUACAGCACCAUGUGUCUGGCCUGUGCAGGAGAACGGUUACACAAUGAUCCACACAACUUGCGACCCUGUGGUGACUUCCCGUGGGACACUGAUGACGUCACUGUGGACUGUGACUACAGCUACACUGAUGUAAAGCAGUGGAAUGAUGGGUACUACGGUUCACCUACAGAUGCACCUACAGAACCCUUAGUUCUGCAGGGAAGGUGCACUGUGACCUGCCCUGUGGAAGGCGACAUGUUGGUCGGUCCUCCAGUUUCUGAAUACCCCGGAUACAGGGUGACCGACGGAGCUUACUACUGCAACGUGGGCAACCAUACCUGGAUGGGAUCAGAACCUGUGUGUCUGGGUCGUUAUGAUGCUAAUUACACAGCCAUCACGGACGAGUCCAACACCACCCGGCUGGUGGGGGGAGAGUUCUACGGCUGUGUGGAGCUGUACGAUAACAUCACGGGGCAGUGGGGACUGGUCAGGGGGUGGCACGCUGACAGGGAGGACAGGAUGGCCUGGGCCGACUUGGCGUGUAGAAACUUGGGUUUCAGGGAGGGCCUCGCCACAAACGGCUACCUGCUAACCAAUGGAGUCGUCAGUUACAAUUAUACACAUUAUCUUCAAUGGCAGUACCACCCAUCCUACCCCUCCACCGUCCCCAAGUUCAUAGUGUCCCAGUCCCUUCCCCAGUGGGAGGGGGCGACUCUGCAUGACGCCAUAGACCGGGUGGAGCGGGGACCCUGUCCGUCCUACGACUAUGACUGCAGCAGUGGCUCCCGCACCAUGUGUCUGGCCUGCGCAGGAGAACCACAACACGACUUACAUGACAUCUCUGCCCACGUGACCUGCACAUCCGACCACCUGGAGGUCAGCUUCCCACGCCCACCGGACAACUCCGUGCAGCCGGCGGACGUGCAGCUAGCAGCGCCGCCUUGCAGGGCGCAGGGGAACUCCACCCACCUGUUCAUCUGGGCUCCUCUGGGGGAAUGUGGCACUUUGAGGGAGUCCACCCCAGUCGAGAUGAUCUAUCGGAACACCCUGAUCAUCGGAGCCUCCUCCCACGGCAGCAUCACCUGGCAACCGGUCACCAAGGUGCCGCUGGAGUGUCGUCUGCCGCGGAACAAGACCCUGUCCCUCGACUUCCGGCCUCACCUCAAGUCCGUCUUCCGGUCUGGCGUCCAGGGCAGGGGAGACUUCCGGAUCUCCAUGGAGCUGUUCCGGACUGACGCCUUCUGGCAGCCGGUCACGGAGUACCCGGUGUUUGUGGAGUUACAGGAGAUGAUCCACGUGCAGAUCCAGGUGAACUCUAGUGACACCGACCUGCAGGUGUUCACUCACACCUGUGUGGCCACACCUAGCGACAACCCUGACGACACGACACGGAAUGACGUCAUCAUAGAAGGGUGCCCCAAACUCCCGACGCUGCAGUUCUACCCGUCCCCCAGCCCGGACAGGAGGCGCUUUGGCUUCCAGGCGUUCGCUUACACCAGCGGUGCUCCAACGGUGUAUCUGCACUGUAACGUGCUGCUGUGUAAGGCCUCGGACCCAAACUCCCGCUGCGCGCAGGGCUGCCAGCCGCCCUCGGGCAGGAGGCGGAGGGAGGCCAAAGGCGAACCCGAGGUGUACCGGCUGAUCCAGGGCCCCAUCGUGGUUGGCCAGGACCAGAAUGGUUUUGAAGUAUGGCAUGACGACCCAAUCCACCGGGACCCGGUCACGGCUUUCGCCAUAAUUGGUGCGUGCGUGGUACUGGCCGCCGCUAUUUUUGUCGUGGGUCUCCUGUACAAGGGUCGCCGGGAAGGCAGCCAGGCUGGGUACAGGGUGCUGGAGAGCCAAGACUGAGUAGUCGCCCCCCUCCCCUGGCGUACAAUUGCGCAACUCCAACUGUUAUUAAAAGUCAUCAAUGAUGAA